CCCGCCCCCGGGUUCCGCCCCCGAGCUGGGGGCGGGCUGAGCGGCUGACAGGAGGGGCGGGCGGCUCCUGCACUUCUAGCUCCCGGGCCAGCAAGCGCGCUUCUAGGGUUCCCGUCUGCGUCGGGAGUCCCGGUGUGGCCAGCGGCAGCCGUACGGGCGGCCGGAGUCGGCGGUGGGAUGUGCUCGGCCGGGAAGCUGCUGCGGGGCGGUGCCGGCGGCGGGGAGUGCGACGAGGACGGGGAGGCGCCGGCCGGGCGUGUUGAGGAGCGGGAGCCCGGGGCGAGCCCGCGGCGCCCGCGGCCGCAGGACGAGGGCGAGCAGGAUGUUGAAGAACCACAAAACCACUCUGGUGAACCCAUUGGAGAUGACUACAAAAAGAUGGGAACACUUUUUGGUGAACUGAACAAAAACCUCCUCAACAUGGGCUUCACAAGGAUGUAUUUUGGAGAACGAAUUGUGGAACCAGUAGUGGUCAUUUUCUUUUGGCUUAUGCUAUGGUUCCUGGGUCUGCAAGCCCUUGGACUAGUGGCUGUUCUUUGCCUUGUCAUUAUUUAUGUACAGCAGUAAAACACUGGACAUUUGGUAGUCACGUAUGGAACUGUUAGAGCUAUAUACUUGGGCUUUUUGAAAGCCAAAAUAACUUGACAUAUUUCAUAUUGUGUACUGGCUAUUUUGUAAUUUAAAUUAUAAAUGAGUGUUCUUUAAAACUCAAGUCUUUGUUAUAACAAGGAUGAAUAUAUAUUUUUGACUAUAUAUUAGCCUAUUCAAACUUUUUCACUCCUGUGAUCUGUACCUACUUUUAGAUAGUGCUUCCCUAUGCCAAAUCUAAACAUCCCAAAGCAGAGACAGGGCAAACAGCACAGCAUGGAGUUGUAGGAAAAUGGUGUAGUUCUUGUAAAGUUCCAAUAAAAACAUGUAGAAAGAAGCAGGGGAAAUGUAGCUAAGAAUAAGUUUUAAUUAGAAAACUGUUCCGCCUGCACCUAGGUUGAAAAAUCCCAUUUUGGGGAUAUUCUUGUUUCUGUUUUCUCUACCAAGUCCAAAACACAGUAAAUGGUACUGCUGUCGUGCUGUGAAGGUGGGAACGCUAGUGUCUGCAAACUGAAAAUAACAUAUUUAUUAUUGUUGGUAACAUGUUGGGGUUAGAUAUACGAUUUUACAUGUUACACUCAGGCCUCAUGAGAUCGCACAGUUUGAGACGACCCUGGUGCUAACUUCUUUUUGUGAGUUCUGUGGCCGGACGCCUGGCAGUGCCUGCCAGCCUGUGCCUAGCCACUCGUAGGUUCUUUUCUAGAGACAUUUUCAGUGCAUUUUUUCCCUAAAAGUUCAUAAUUUUAUAGUUCUUUUCUAACAAUUACUCUAAGAUGUAAAACAAUGCAUUUUCUGUUGUGGCGUGGAGUUUUCCUCCCAAAAGAGUGAUUUCUAUCUAUUUAAGAAGAAAAAAAAAUCAAAUAAUUUUUCUUUGAUAUCUGUAUUGAAGAGUACAAAAGUCAGAAUAAAAUCUAGAACUCAUGUUUAAAUCUAGAACUCAAUAGCCACUUGUAAUAUUCUAAGACUAAAGCCAAUUGGUUAGCCAUGUUUCUAAUGUAUAGUAUGGGGUUUUAUUAUACUGAAACAAGCAUUUCUUUAAAUACACUUUGAAAAUGAAAAUGACUUUGAUAUUUUCGAUUUUGUUAAAGAACCUAAAAUCUUACACUUUUGUCUAAGAACCAUCUAUUUGAACAAACUAAUUUAAAUACAAAAGUGAGGUGGUGAGGCAUUUUUGUUUGACGGGGCAUUAACUAAAACCCUGCUUUGUUAAUUUAGUUAAAGCGUGUUUACUAGGCCACUUUGUAAAGUUCUUAUUCAUGCAAUUCUAAACAUUAUUCUGCAAGAAAUUCUGAAGCAGAAAAUUGUGAGAACAUUUAACUUGGCUUUCUGAAAUUAGUAAUCCUGCACAGAAGAAUAAGAACUCAGGAGCACAGACUAUAUUGUGCAUCUCUAUAUUGUACAUAAACAUAGGCCUUUAAAUUUGGCUUUUCUAAAACCAAAGUUUGUAUUGUAUCACUGGUUUUUUUAUUGCGUUUACGAUAUUUUUGCUUUUACCUUUGCGAGCUGAGUAUCGGUGUCCCAUGUUUGGAAAAAGGUCUCCUUUGUAUACAGUAGGAUUGCAAGGUUUCAAUAGAAUCCAUGAGAUUUUUGCAUAUGUGCACAAAAUGCUAAUGAGUACAUUCUUUCCUAGUUCUACCAGGAAAGCCAGUUUCCUUUUGGAAUGCAAAAUAAAAGAUGCAGUGCACAUAAUAGCAGCUCUGGUUCUACCCGCGCUUCUUGUCAUAAGUGCUUUAAAAGAAGUCUUAGUGUCUAUUACAUCAUACCCUGACAACACUAUUCAUGUGCACACUGGUGUCAAUGGAUUAUAUUAUAGGAAAAAAUAGGGUGUAUUUGAUGUUUUUACCUUCACAUACAUUAUGGAUUAAUGUAGUAUGCUAUCAAAGUUUUUGCUUAAAAUAUAUAAAAUAUUUUCUCCUAU